AUGCCACCAGCAUUUAAUAGUCAAAUUUUAGCUGCAGCAAUUUCAGCUGUUUCAAAGAAAUCGGUUAUUUCUUAUGAGGAUUAUAAAAACAAAACACUAGGAACAAUAAAUUAUUUUGAAUUAGAUCAAAAAGUACUUCAUCAAGCUCAUUUAGUUGGUGGGCCCGUACAAACCUUUGGGGAUGAUGAAUUUGAUGAUGAUCCAAAUAUUGAAUUCGUUUUACCAAAUACAAUUCUUCCAUCUAUCACUUACAUUCCAAAUUCCAUCUUAAUAAAUCAAAAUGCCAUUCAAUCGAUUAUUAACAACAAUAAUCCUGAUCAAUCAUCCGCUCAACCCAUCUUAAACCUUGCCAUGCCACCCGCCACAUCCACCACCACACCCGUUGAAAAUCCUCCUCUUGAACCGACCAUUGACCGUUCAUUUCGUCAAAUUCAUGAAGGCAUACCACCAGACCAACAACGUCUGAUUUAUGCUGGUAAACAACUUGAAGACGGUCGUACUUUAGAAGAUUAUCUUAUACAAAAUGAUACUACUUUACAUUUAGUAUUAAGAUUAAGAGGUGGAGGUGAUUCUCGUCUGUUCAUCCACACUCAACAUCUUGAUCCAGCAUAUGAUUAUGAUUUCACUUAUGUAAAUGAUAAUGGAAGAACUUUUAUGCGAGGUGACCACAUUUAUAAACGUCCUUGUGGUUGGAAUAGAAUCGCUCUCAAUGUUCUCGACAAAUAUGAUAAUAAUCUUUGGCUUGGGGUAGGUGGUGGUAAGAGAAGACAUUCCACUGAUUCCGUAAAGGAUGAAUGGCCAGUUUCCUAUCAUGGCACCGCUAAAUAUAACUGUAAUUCUAUUGCUGACGAUGGAUUUCAUUUUAGUAAAGGAAAGCGUUUCAUGUUUGGACAUGGAAUUUAUUCUACACCUGAUAUUGACGUGGCUGCCAAAUAUGCAACUAAAUUUACUUAUGAAGAGAAUAAUUACAGAGUCGUUUUUCAAAAUAGAGUUAAUCCAAAUAAUUUAGUUAGGCUUAAAAAUGAAGAAACUGGAUUUGGUGAAUAUUGGAUUAGUCCUAAUGGAGAAGAUUUACGUCCUUAUGGUAUUUGUAUCAAGAAAGAUAUAUCUAGAUAA